UCUUGCCAACCACAUACACAACACAACACACCAGCUGAUCACAAAGAAAGACCAGUCGCCGCCCACACACACCCACCCCCACCUCUGCCCCCACAAGCCCACACGCGCGAUCGCCGCCGCCAUGUUUGGAUGCUGUGGCAAGGCGUCCCUGGGGUAUGCCGUGGUGGCGAGCCUGGAUGCAAAGGGGCUCCAGCAAUGGCUGCGCAAGCGAGGAAUGACCCAGCAGGCGGAUUGCCUUGACGGCGUCACCGGUGGCGAGCUGGUGCAGUACGCCAUCGCAGAUGCAACCUGGCUGGUCACUGCACGCCACAUCCCCGUGUCCUUGGCCAUUGUCCUCUUGACUCUGCUUGACCUGAACACUGCCAAACUCCAAGAGCUUCGCGGUGACGACAACGGUAACUCAGAUCAGCGCCAAGAGCACACGCACACAGUACCACACGGUGCAGGUGCUGCCACCUCCUCCGUCUCCACCUCUUCAUCCGCCCUUUCAGCCAAAGCAGCCAACAAGAACAAGGGCAACAAGCACGCCAUUGGUGGGCUGGACGUGGCCCCUGCGGUAACUGCGCUUGCAACAUGCGACCUCUCUUCGGCUGCCCACCCACGAUCCCUCGCCGCCAAGACAACGGAUAAUCAGAUAGCCAACGAGACCGAGUCACCUCGCCGAGUCGCCAUGGUAAAGCGAGGGUCGCCCGUGACGCUGCGCUCCCUGCUGGUCAACACCGUCAAGGGGGCGCUCGUCGACACCAUCAAAGGCGCCGUGGAGAGCCUGCCGUUUGGAUCUGUCGCCGUUGCGCUGUGCACGGACGCCGCUGAUCGCAUCAGCACCCUCAGGGACAACAAGGACAAGGCGCUCAGCCUGGCACGGCAGGCACGCAAGAUCGCCAAGCACGGGCAGGUGAUUCUCGUCUACUUUGAACAGGCGCAAGAUGGCGAGGACGGCACAGAGGAGGCCGAGGAACUGCUUGAGCACACGUUCUACUCGUUUCGGCUCGCGGUCGAUGCCAGCAACGGCAAGAGCGCUCACAGCAUCAUCGUGCGCUUCCUCGGCUGCAAGGACUUUGCGUCGGCACUGGACGAGGCGCAACAGCGGCUGGUGCAGGCGGUUGCCCUCACCAACCUCAUCUUCAACUCCAUGCAGGCGCAGAAGCAGCUCGGCAGCACAUCAUCCUCAACAGCAGCGCUCACCCAAGCACACGGAGAUGCAGGUGCAAGUGAGGCGGGGUCCACGAAUGCCCUGGCAGCAUCGACAUCAGCAGCGGCAGCAGCGGCGCAGCAAAUGAGUGGACCAGCCAAGGUGCUCUGUGCGAGCAGCGCUCACGAUGCUGCUGCUUUCUGGACGGACAAUGGCUUUGACACAAAGGCUGAUUUGCAAACGCUGCUCGACGCGCUCGAUCUCUGGCUGUGUGCGUCACCCAUUGCCAGCCGUGGCGUGGAGGAGGCGACGAUGGCUGCUCUGACCGAUGCUGACAUUGCCAAUAGCGACCGCCUGUACUUCUUCUUUGCGGGAAAGCGUGGCCUUGAAACCGUCACCGUGCAGCGCUUUGCCAAGUUUGUGGGCCGCGCAGAGUCCCUUGCACACGCCGUCCUUCCCUUCGUUGACGCACAUGUGGACCUUGCAGACGGCGGCGAACCCACUACAACAGCAACAACAACGGGAACUGCAACGGGAACAGGAACUGCAACGGGAACAACAUCAGCGGGAACGGAAGGAUCAGGUACAGCAGCGUCAACAUCGACACCAAGAAAGCAGUCCUCAGCAACAGCAACAGCAACACCAGCAAGGCAACCGGGGCUGGGAGACAGCGAUGGCAUCGCACUCUUGCGGGCAACGUUCCAGCCAGUUACAUUCGGACGCGACCUGGUGAAGCACCAGAAGGCAUUUGCGGAGGGCACGCGGCAGUGGGUGUUUGAGGCGUUUGAGAAGUGGGCACGCAUGCCUGCAGAGGCAGAGGGAAGCCGGGUGUUCUGGGUCAAGGGCACUGGGGGCCUCGGCAAGUCCGUGAUUGCUGCCCAGCUUGUCAAGCGGUACGGCAGCGAGGGGCACGCAAACAGGGUGCUCAGCAACACAAGCUACGGCAAUGGGCGCGAAGGCGAUGCUGAUGGUGAAAGCGACGCUGGUGGUUGCGGUGACGAUGAUGAUGGUGAUGAUGACGAUGCCGCUGGUGACGAGGGCAACACGCCACUGAUUGCCGCCCAUUUCUUCUGCAAGCACGACGACGCCAACCGCAACGACCCACGCAAGGCCAUUGCCACGCUCGCGUACCGCCUCGCCGUGCAAAUGCCUGAGCUGCAGUCCGUGUAUGCGCAGAUGCUUGCCGAUGACGCCUUGCGCCGGGCCGUUGGUAGCCUGAUUGACGGCAGCAGCGGGUCUGUGGACGACGCGUUUGUCGAGUGCUUGGCCAAGCCGCUCUGGCUCGCACUUCAACUCAGACAGCAGCAACAGCAGCAGGGAGAAACAAAGGGAGACGCAAACGCCGAACAGGAAGCAACGGCGCACGCAGCAGAUCCGGGCACAUCGACAGGCAGUGCAGGCGCCGGCGACAGCGACUUGUCCACACAACAGCCACAACAGCCACAACAACAACAACAACAACAACAACAACAACAACAACAACAACAACAACAACAACAACAACAACAACAACAACAACAACAACAACAACAACAACAACAACAACAACAACAACAACAACAGCAGCAGCAGCAGCAACAGCAGCAGCAGCAGCAGCAGCAGGCCGAGGCUGCGUUGACUGGCCACCCCCACGUGUUCAUCCUGAUUGAUGCACUGGACGAACUGCGUGCCGGAUCAAGCCGCCAGCAGCUGCUGCGCAUCAUUGGCCGCCACCUGCCGUCGCUGCCGCCCUGUGUUCGUAUCAUCGUGACCUCGCGACCGGAAGACGAUAUUGUCGCCUUCUUCUCUGCGCUGUCGCCGUUUUCAAUCGCCAAGCAGGACGAGCGCCACCGUGAUGACCUCGAGUUUGCUGUUCGCCGCACUAUUGUUCAUCGCUCAAGCCUGCACCGCCUGCCCCGCAAGCAGCAGGACGCUGUUGUCACUACCAUCGUCGAUCGCGCAGAUGGCGUGUUCCUUGCGGUGCGGCUUAUGGCCCGCGCCCUGCUUGCUGCUGACAAGGGCGCGCUCACCGCAGCCGAUGUGACCCGGACGCUGGGCGCACGCGCCAACUUCAUUGACGGCACGUACACGGAGACGCUUGAUCGCAUCCAGAUGCGACUCAAGGACGCGGCGAGUGGCGACGGGGAGGUGCUGGACACGCUGCGAGACUCCUUUCACGCCAUCCUGGCCACCAUCGUCGCAUCUCUGCAGCCACUCAAGGCAAACUCGCUGCACGAGCUGUGCGGUGGCCGGCACGUGCUCAGCGCGGGCCUGACGAAGCGGCUGCUAAGCGCGCUGUCGCUCCUCUUCUCCAGCAGCAGCAAGCACGACGUGAUUGAGCCACUGCACAAGACCGUCAACGACUUCCUCACGGACAAGACGCGGGCUGGCCCUCAUUUUGUUGAGCGGCGCGAUGGCCACGCCAUCCUCGCACGUGCGUCUGUGCGUGUGCUUGAGGCAUCGGGUGUUCUGUCGCUCGACGGCGGCCUGCACUCGCUCGACAGCAUGUCGCGUGAUGACGUGGUGGUGUACGCGGGGACGUUUGGGCACAUGCAUCUCAUUGAAUGUGCGAGCGCCUUGGCUGAUCUCAGCCACGAACAGGCUAGUGCGCCAACACCAGCAGCUGCAGCUGCAACACAAAGCCGCGCAUCCAUGCGACGAGGUAGGAGCAAGAAGAAGAACAAACCAGCACCCUCUGCACCCAACUGGCCCAGUGCUUGCAUACAUGCACUGGAGGGGUGGGCACAGCUGCUACUGACUCACCGUUACGAGGGCAGUGCUAACGGUGGCAAUCAUGAUGGUGAUGGUGUUGGUGGUGCAAAGAAGAACACGAGCCUGGUCCGGUUUGGUGGCGUGUUUGAGGAGAGUGCGUGGUGCGCCAACGAAGCUUUUGCAGGUUGGCUGAUGCUGCAUCUGCACACGAUGUCACGCGGCCUGCAUUUUGUGCAGGAGCUGCACCGGCUGGCACGGCUCAUCACACGCGCGUGUGCACAGCAGCACCGACACCAACACCAGCACGACUUGGCGGAUGGGCAGCAACCAGCAAAAUCAAGGCCACGCCGCCUGCUGUCACGGAGGACAAGCAAGCCUGCGCCAACAGCUGCAGCAUCGGUUCCAGCGCUUCCACCGUUUGUGUGGAUGCUUGGUGUGGUGCUGAGAGACACGGCGCAGUUGCUUGGCUCGCAGUGGCUGUCCCAAUACUUUGGCGCCAACACGCCGAAUGCGAGCGACCAGUUGCUGGUGGCGGUGUCCGGGUUCCUUGGCGCCGUGCCCGUCAUGUCUGCGCUGCACCAGUCACCGGCGUGCAAGACCAUGGCGCGUGUUGGCGGCCUGCCACCGCUCACCCUUGUCGUGCCCUUGCGCGCACAGCUGGACAAGCGGCUGCUGCAGCUGCCCGGGCACAAGUACAUGGUGUGCUCAGUCGCAUUCAGCACAGAUGGCGCGAUGUUGGCCUCGGGUGACUAUCAGGGGGUGAUCACCGUGUGGGACACGCGCUCGUGGGAAAUCAAGUAUCAGCUGCCGGCGCACAAGGGUUCCGUACAGCACAUGAUGUUUAGCGAGGUGGUGAAGGAUGGACCGGACGAACAGCAGCAGCAGCAACAGCAGCAGCAGCAGGCGGAGAAGGGUGCUAAGGAGAAAGACAAGGCGAGGCCACAACAGCAGCAGGCAGCCCAAGGGGAUCAAGCAACAGAGGGGCUGCGCAGAAGCAAGUCGAGGGGUUUAGCACGGCACGCAAGCAAGGUGACCAGAGGCGUGGCGAACACGUCUGCCCUGCCGAAUGGCCAAGGAGAUGCACCAGACUCAAUGUUGGGCAAUGGCAACAUGAACAACCAACAACAAGCGCAGCACGACGAGGAGGGGGAGCAGCAGCAGCAGCAACAACAACAACAACAACAACAACAACAACAACAACAACAGCAACAACAACAACAACAACAACAACAACAACAACAACAACAACAACAACAACAACAACAACAACAACAGCAACAACAACAACAGCAACAACAACAGCAACAACAACAGCAACAACAACAACAGCUUCAGCAGCAGCAGCCGCAGCAGCAGCCUGGGGAGGAUGAGCUGGGUGUGGAGUUGGAUGUGAAGGAGGUGAUGCUAUCCGUGGGAUGGGACUACAACGCCGGAUUUUGGAAUCCCACAACCAGCGACCUGCUUGCUGUGCUGCAGAAGGACAUGCGGGAUGCUGUUGGCGUGGGCUCCGACACGCGCGGCGCGCUGCUGUACGUGUGGUCGCCCAUGUUUCGCAGGGACAAGGCGCACGACGUGACGGUGUUUGAGCUGGGCGAGGAGGCCGAGCAGAAGGUGCGCUGCGUCCUCAACGGCCACACGGACUUCGUUUGCGCCGCUGCAUUCACGGCCGACGGCGCCAAGGUGGCCACUGUCUCGCGCGACCGCACCUUGAAGAUGUGGGACUCCACCACGGGCGCGUGCCUGUUCACCGUGGAGCUGCCUGGCCCAACCCCACGUGCUGUCGCCCUGGAUGCGACCGGGAAGAUGGCGGCGGUGUCCGGCGAUGUGGGCAUGGCAGCGUGUGAGAAGUUGCCGUGCAACGCGUGGCUGCGCCUUGUUGACCUGGAAACAAAAGUCAUCACGCCCGUGGCGUCUGGCAUGCGAGACAGCGUGCGCACCAUUGCGCUGGAUCCGACAGGGAAGGUGCUGGUGUCGGCCACAAACUCGCUGCUCUCCGUGUGGGAUACGGAGAUGCUGGUGGCUGAGGCGCGUGCUGAGGAGGCGCGCACAGAGAUGGAGCGGGAGCAGGUGAAGGCGGCAUGUGCGCGGAUUGGCACUGUCUGCAGCAUCGGCUCUGUUCCGGGGCGGAGCGAGGUGGUGACAAACGCGUACAACUGCAUGUACACGGUGUGGGACACAGUCACGGGCCAGCGGGUGUUUGCUGUGCAGGGCGAGGCGCAGGAAGAGCAGCGACACACGAAACAUGGUCGCACGAGCAACGCGCAGCAGCAAGCGGAGUCCAAGGAGGCGGCAGCAAUAGGUGAGAAAGGUCAGCGUGCAGAUCAAGCAGACACGAGCGUGUCGAAAAAGCCUUCGUUCACACCAUUGACACGCCGCUCCACGCACGUUCGCUUCGUUGCUGUGAGCGCAGACGCAGAGCAGGUGGCGUGCUGCUGUUCUGACGGAUGUGUGCGCGUGUUCAACCGCAGCGCCGGCGCCCUCGUGCGUGUGCUGGAGGGGCUGGGGAAUGGCGCGGCGUGCGCGGCGUUUGGGCCCGAUGGCACGUCGCUGGUCGCCGGCGCAGAGCAAGAAUCGCCUGCCGUCUGCCUAUGGGCUUGGACGGAUGCUGAACUGUGCGGCAGCACUUGUGGUGAUGGUAAUACUGGUGGGCACAGUGGGGCAGCCAGUGUGACUGCGAACGCGACUCAAGCAGAGGUGACAACACAGGCGGUGGUGGUAGUAUUCAAGACGGAUAAUGGGGCUGUGAAGAUGGUACCGAGGCACGUGAUGCGGGGCCACACGGCGACGGUGAACCAGGUUGCGUACCGAAGCACAGGCGAGCAUGUUGCAUCUGCCAGCGACGAUGCCACCGUGCGCGUGUGGCGAACAGACACGGGCGAGUGUGUACAUGAGCUUGCGACAGGGCAGCAGCUGGCUGCGUGUGUUGCAUACAGCUGCGAUGGCCGGUAUCUUGUUGCGGGCGCGCGAGACAAGUGCGUGCACGUGUGGGACGCGGACACUGGCGAGCGCGUGGCGAAGAUGGAGGGCCACGGGCACGUGGUGACCUCUGUGGCGUUCCAUCCGCAAGCGCCCUAUCUUGUUUCUGGCGGGAAGGACAACACGAUUCGGUUCUGGCGCACAGACAAGUGGGCGCUGGUGCACUCGAUGCGCGGGCACGACGACGACUUGAACAAGCUCACCGGCGACAACAACCCCGUGUAUGCGCUUGCGUUUCACGACGAUGGUCGCACCCUUGUGUCUGGCAGCAGUGACGCCACGUUUCGUCAGUGGGACGUGGGCCGCCUCGACUGGAAGUCCAACGGCACCGUCCCUUUCCUCGACGCCUGAUUGUGUUUCCUGUGUAUGUGUGUGUA